CCCCAGCCGUGGCCUCUUGGCAAGCAACAAAGGACCAAACUGUCCUCGUUUCUACCGCAUUCAAUACAAUUAGGCUCCAGGAUUAAGCAAACGCCCCAAAGUCUAACCCGGUUGUGGGUUGGAGGCCUCAUUUGGUCACAUAAAACCUGGCUUGCUUGUUCAGCCCAGAGGCUGCGAAUAAGACCGCCUGCCCUGAAUCCCAUGCUGACUUUGCAGGUUGAACAAAGCGAGUCGCGAAGUCCUGGAGUCUGAUACUGAUGGGCUUCCUGCUUCUUUGCUGCGCUCUCUUAGGAUGCCUGAGCCCCUUUUGGCUUCCGGAGACCACGGCGCAAUUCCCACGGGUGUGCAUGACUGUGGAGAUGCUGCAGUCCAAGCAAUGCUGCCCUCCUUUGGGGCCUAAUUCUAACAACGUGUGCGGCUCGCAGCAAGGCAGGGGCAUCUGUAAGGAGGUGCAAGUGGACACCAGACCCUGGAGUGGGCCCUACACUCUCCGCAAUGUGGACGACCGAGAACGAUGGCCGCUGAAAUUCUUCAACAGAAGUUGUCAGUGUACAGGGAACUUUGCCGGCUACAAUUGUGGGGACUGCAAAUUUGGUUGGUCAGGGCCCAACUGUGACGAGAAGAAGCCUCUGGUUGUCCGGAAGAAUAUCCACGCUUUGACGGAAGAAGAGCGAGAGCAAUUCUUGGAUGCCCUCAACCGCGCAAAGACCACCGUUCACCCCGACUAUGUGAUCGCCACCCAACACUGGCUGAGUCUGCUUGGUCCCAGUGGAAAUGACCCACAAGUUGCAAAUUGCAGCAUUUACAAUUACUAUGUGUGGCUUCAUUAUUACUCAGUCAGAGACACUCUUUUAGGACCAGGCCGCCCCUUCACGGCAAUAGACUUCUCCCACCAAGGACCUGCCUUUGUAACUUGGCACAGAUAUCACUUGCUGCUGCUGGAAAGAGAUCUGCAGCGGAUGAUUGGGAACGAUUCCUUUGCAUUGCCUUAUUGGAAUUUUGCUACAGGCAGAAAUGAAUGUGAUGUGUGUACUGAUCAGCUUUUGGGAGCACCGAGUCCAGACGACCCAAACCUAAUAAGUCGGAAUUCAAGGUUUUCACAGUGGCAGAUAGUAUGCAACAGUUUGGAUGACUAUAACCGCCUGGUUACACUUUGUAACGGGACCAAUGAAGGACUUCUGCAGAGGAACCCAUUCAGCAAAGCAGGGGACCGGCUACCAACCAUGGAAGAUGUCCAGAAUUGCCUCUCUCUGCAAGACUUUGACAAGCCGCCUUUCUUUCGGAAUUCUAGUUUUAGCUUCAGGAAUACUUUGGAAGGCUUCGAUGAACCCAACGGAACCCUGGGCCCAUCAGCCGUGAGCCUCCAUAACUUGGUCCACUCGGUCUUGAACGGAACGAGUGCUUUCCCUCAUUCUGCAGUGAACGAUCCUGUCUUUGUGGUCCUCCAUUCCUUUACGGACGCUAUUUUUGAUGAAUGGAUGAAACGAUUUCGCCCGUCUGGCAGUGCGUGGCCCGAAGAACUGGCUCCUAUCGGCCACAACCGGAAGUUCAACAUGGUGCCUUUCUUCCCUCCGGUAGCCAACGAAGAACUGUUUCUACCUGCAGAACAGCUUGGCUACAGCUAUGCCAUUGACUUGCCUGAAUCGGCUGAAGAGACCCGCGCUUGGGCUCUCAUGGUUGGAUCUACUAUUGGAGGAGCUCUGAUUGCUUUACUUGUUCUGGUCCUUCUGCUAGUCCUCUUCCAGCACCGGAGACACCGGAAGGGGUUUGAGCCGCUAAUGAACGCAAGGUUUAAUGUGAAGAAAUACAGCGACGAAGCCUAAGGGCUGGGGGUGGGGGUGGGAAGUGUUUUGCAAUCGACUGCCCUUGAGAAGUCAGCUGGUCAACACAUACCAUGUGUUGCUUUAGCAUCUUGACAGAGAACGCCCGGACAACUUAUACUUUCACAACCAGAUCAACUAAGCCUCCAUUCCUUUCUGAUUUGAGGUUGUCAUCUCCACAUCAACACCCUUCGAAAGGACAGGUGCAGAUCUUGAUUCCUGUUCCACGGACUGCACCUCAUCGGCUCUCACAGGAUUUAAAGUGGGGUGCUCACAUGUGCAGGAAGGAAUCCUCCCCAGGUUGCCGAAUCUCUGUGCAAUUGAUUUGUCCGCCCUUAGCCCAGAGUUACCUUGAGAGAUUUCUCUUAGGUGUUAUAGGUGGCUAGGUGCACAAAUAUAGAGGAGAGGAAUUGAUGUGUUGCACACAUUCAAAAUACGUUGGUACCUUGGUUCUCAAACACCUUGGUAGUCAAACAACUUGGAACCCAAACACUGCAAACCCAGAAGUAAGUGUUCUGGUUUGC